AUGGCACCUGUCACAAGAUCGAGUGACUUUGAUGCUCGAUUCCUCGACCGCUUGGUAGGGACUAAGGUCACUACCUUUGACGACAUCGACCCUCCACAGGAGCCAUCGGCCGUGUCCACUGCCUCUAUGGCUUCCCUGCCUGCGGAUUCUCCCCUUGGAAUUUCUCCUCCCGGGAUCUCCCCCCUUGGCUCGCCGCUCCGGAGGAUCUGCUGCACGUGGGUUAUUACUGAAAAGCUCUCCGAGAGAGCAGUGUAUCUCACAGAGGAAGACGUCGAGUGGGGCAUUGGGACGCUUAUGACAAUUCCUAUCACUGGGACUGAGUGGGCAAAUCCGGACACACGAGCCCAGCGGGCCGGUCAAGAUCCUACUGGUCUAGAUAAGACUUGUGGUGAACGAGAAGCGUUUAAGCUGUUGAUGCGUCAAGGCUGCAACUCCGUUCCACGUUUCCUUGGCUACAACGAAAAGAUACAAGCAGAGAAUGAUCUUAUUCCUGGUGGCUAUACUAAGUACCUCGUAUGGGAAAAGGUUCCUGGGGAGUCCCUUACAGAGGAAUUCUUUUGGAGCUUAGAUCGCUCUACACGUGAUGAUAUCCGCGCUAGGUUUCGCGUUGCUUACGAAGAGAUUCUACGAUGCCGUGUAGUGCCACAGAUGUCCAGAAUUUCUAAGAUCAUCUACGAUCAGACUACAGGCAAUGUGUGCGUCAAGGGAUCUACAAAUGCCGGCAAGAUCAUGCUGGGGAGAUUUGCUAACAAUUUCAGUCGCAUUUCGGGUUUUCGAAUGGGAUGGCCAAUCCGUUCCAAAUUCCAAUGGUCAGAUACCCGGUACAUGGCGUACGGACUCGCUAAGCGACCAGAAGAGGAUUGGAACUGGCGUCAGCAUCCGGAGAACUGGGAGUUAUGA